AUUAAAAGCUUUAAAGUUACAGUAAUGAAUAGGCUUUUGCCAUAUUUCAUGAAAUUCAAUGUACUGACAGCAGUGCACCAGGCAAUCUGCCCAGUCGUGAUCCUCGGCCCCUAGUGCUCCUGAUGGCAUCUGCAGGAACCUACCGAGGGAAAACAACCAAUCAGAGCAAAGUACUGUCAGAAUGCAGCUGUCAAUCAUGUCAAAGGCCGCUUGUGAACUGCUGUCAAGUCAAGAUUCUGUUACUGCAUUUCCUACUCCUUGCCUAAAAUGUUUUAGAAACAUUUUACGGUUUAGUUAUAAAGUUAUAAAAUCGUAAAGCGUUUGUGACCUGGUUGCAGUGAGACCAAGCUCCGCCCACCAGCUGGAGUAAACUUCCUCAGUAGAGAGGGGAGAGCUGCAGGAGGGGGCUCACUCUACUUCAAAUUCUGGCUUUUAUUUGCCUUCCCCAGUUUUCCUCUUAUGUCAGCUUAAAUUUUCAGACAGGAAGUACUCUACUUUCCUGUUUGAGUUGACAUGCUCUGUCUUUAUUAGACACACACAGUAAGUAACAUGACCUGAAAUAACAGACUAGACUGUCAAUGAUUUAUAAAAACUGAGACCACUUUAUUGGAACAGAGCAGUUGAAACUGACAAGCAGGACAAACUGUACUAUUGAAGAAGAUUCACUCUCCAAACAUGAAGGUCCUCAACAAAGACGAACUACAGAUAGCUGAAGGAGUUCUGCUGAAACACUUACCCAAGAGUAUUAAGGUAUACGGUUUCCUGUACACUAUUAACAGGAACAAACCAAGCACAUUGGAGGUAAUCGUGGAUUCAUGGCCUGAUUUUAAGGUCAUCAUCUGCAGAACUGACCCCAAAAAACGUGCUCUGGAAUUCAGGAAUAAGGUGUCAUACUUCAGCACAGAUGAGCAGAUUUUAAGAAAAAUGCUGACAGAAGAGAAUGUAAUUGACUGGAGUAUUAAUUUUGUUGUUGCAGGAUUUGACAUUUCCCAUGCAAUCAUGCUAAAAGAAGUGUCUUCUGAAGAAAAAGUCAACAAAAAGUGCACCAAUGUUAUGCGUCUUCUGUAUUUGCCAGACAGCAGCCAUCUGCUCCCACCAGCAGUUGACCGUGAGCUUGAAUCAAGGAUUUCAUCUCUCAACCUCUCCCAUGUUGACUUAGUGAAUAAAACCUGGAAGUUUGGAGGGGACGAGCAGGGCUUAAGAAUUGUUACAUACAACAUCAUCAACUUUCCAUCAUGCUGCAUCACUGACAACCAGGGUCAGCCGCUGGCCUGGAUUCUGCUGUAUGACUGCUGUGCUUUGGCCAUGUUAUACACUCUGCCAGAGCACAGAGGAAAAGGCUACGCCAAAGUCCUGAUCAGUGCCAUGGCCACGAGACUCUUCACUGAGGGCUACCCAGUCUACUCCUUAGUAGAAGAGGACAACAAGGUCUCCUUCAGUCUCUUUAAAAAACUGGGCUUCAUUGAGGUUCCCUUAUACAGGGCAGCAUGGUUUGAGUUCAACUUUUACCAUAUAUUGGAACAGAGCCGUUUAAACCUACAGGCAGGUCAAACUGUACUAUUAAAGAAGAUUCACUCUCCAAACAUGAAGGUCUUGAACAAAGAAGAACUACAGAUAGCUGAAGGAGUUCUGCUGAAACACUUACCCAGGAGUUUUAAGGCAUACGGUUUCCUGCAUGCUAUUAACAGGAACAAACCAAGUACACUGGAAGUAAUUGUGGACUCAUGGCCUGAUUUUAAGGUCAUCAUCUGCAGACCUGACCCCAAGAACAAGCGUGCCCUAGAGUUCAUGAAAAAGGUAUCAUACCACUGCACGGAUGAACAGAUUUUAAGAAAAAUGCUGACAGAAGAGAAUGCAAUUGACUGGAGCACCUACUUUCUAAUUGGAGGAUUAGACACUUCCCAUGCAGCCAUGCUUAAAGACGUGUCGUCUGACAGAGAAGUCAACAACCGACUCUAUACUGCGGUUCAUCUUAUGUAUUUGCCUGACAUCAGCCAUCUGCUCCCACCAGCAGUCAACAGUGAGCUUGAACCAAGGAUUUCAUCUCUCAACCUCUCCCAUGUUGACUUGGUGAAUAAAACCUGGAAGUUUGGAGGGAACGAGCAGGGCUUCAGAAAUAUAACAAACCUCCUUAGCAACUUCCCAUCAUGCUGCAUCACUGACGGCCAGGGUCAGCCGGUGUCCUGGAUUCUGCUUUAUGAUUACUGUGCUAUGGGGUUAUUAUACACUCUGCCAGAGCACAGAGGGAAAGGCUACGCCAAAGUCCUGAUCAGCGCCAUGGCCACGAAACUCUUCACUGAGGGCUACCCAGUGUACUGCUUUAUAGAGGAGGAUAACGAGGUCUCCUACAAGCUCUUUAAAAACCUGGGCUUCAUUGAGGAUCCUUCAUACAGGGCGGCAUGGCUUGAGUUCAACUUUUGAUCUUGAAUGUAUAGCAGACAGACUAUCAGGUAAACAUAACCUGCAAUGCCUCCUAAUGAAUGAAAAUAGAAUUGAAAUGUAAUGCUUACAAAUUUUGUACGCAGAGGUCUGCACAAAUACUUUUAAAAAAAUCUUGUUACGAAUUACAAAUACUUGCUCAUCAAAUGUAUUUAAAUAAACAAAAUGACAAAAUGUAUUUAUUAAAUCACAAGUCAUUUGUAAUUUAAAAAUACAGUAACAUUGUACUGUAUAUUAUUACCACAUUUUAGGCAUUUAAAAGCCUCAAUAUAGGUCCGACCUUAAAGCCGGGAAAGACAUUUCUCUGGAAAAGCAAAAAAAAAAAAGAA